CGGAGCUCGCGCCGUGCAUCGCCGCUUUCGCUUUCCCUUCCCCGCGCCCACUCCGCGCUCCUCGUAGGUCGGCGGCGGCGCCCGCGAUAGCUCACCAUGGCCACGCUCAGCCUCCAGCCUGAAGCCCAAGCCAAGGUGGAUGUGUUCCGAGAAGAUCUGAGUGCCAAGACUGAGAAGCUGCUCGGGAGCUACUUCCCCCAGAAGAUUUCGGAUUUGGAUGCCUUUUUAAAGGAACCAGCUCUCAAUGAAACCAACCUGAGCAAACUCAAGGCCCCAUUAGACAUCCCAGUGCCUGAUCCAGUCAAGGAGAAGGAAAAAGAGGAGAGGAAAAAACAGCAAGAGAAGGAAGACAAGGAUGGCAAGAAGAAAGGGGAAGAUGAAGACAAAGGUCCUCCCUGUGGCCCAGUGAACUGCAAUGAGAAGAUUGUGACUCUUCUGCAGCGAAUAAAGCCUGAGAUCAAGGAUGUCAUUGAGCAACUCAACCUGGUCACCACCUGGUUGCAGCUGCAGAUUCCACGGAUUGAAGAUGGAAACAAUUUUGGAGUGGCUGUCCAGGAGAAGGUGUUUGAGCUGAUGACCAGCCUUCAUACCAAGUUAGAAGGAUUCCACACUCAGAUUUCCAAGUAUUACUCUGAGCGAGGUGAUGCCGUAGCCAAAGCAGCCAAGCAGCCCCAUGUGGGUGAUUAUCGGCAGUUGGUGCAUGAGUUGGAUGAAGCAGAGUACCGAGAUAUCCGGCUGAUGGUCAUGGAGAUCCGCAAUGCUUAUGCUGUGCUAUAUGACAUCAUCCUAAAGAACUUGGAGAAGCUCAAGAAGCCCAGAGGAGAAACAAAAGGAAUGAUUUAUUGAGAAUUUCUACUCCUGAGAUGGUGAUUGCAGCAGAUGCCUUUUUGGGAGGGGAGGGUGUCCAAAUUUCCCUCUACCUUGCCUCCCAGGCACAAUAAAACUAGGCUAUGGUUGUCCAUUC